AGCUGCUGCAAACCAGUGCAACACUUAACCCUGCUAAAGUCCGAUUUAGUCUUCACCAGAAAGGAAAAGGAACAGGAACUCAGCAUUAGCUGCAGGAGUAGACGCUGUAUUACAGAGAAUUGCUUUUGUUUUGUUUGUUUUUUACCACUGCUGUGCAGAACUUUUGCAUAGUAGUUUGUUGUCACGAAGCUACAUUAAGAAUAGAAAGACCAGUGUUAUAGGUAAUAUGUUGUGUUAUUAGAGAGUUCUAGGUACUGUUUGAAUCUAAAAAGAAUCUGGUGUUUUGGUAUUUGGUCAUUUUAGGCACUAAGUUUUAUUCCAUGAGAAGUAUUGCUUUAGAUUCCCAGUAAAAUUCCAGUACUAGACUGCAGACAUAGAGCAAAAUUACAACUUAAUAUCUGUGUAAUUAUGCAAAAUACAGGGCGGUGUUAGACGUUGGUUCUGCCCUACAAUUAAUCUUUUUUUUUUCUAUAGUCAGUUAUUUUGUAGUGUUCUUGAUCAUAGUUAAUGUCCAGGCUCCAGUCUGUGGUGUUUGCCUAAAAUGGAUACAGAGUCCCAGCAUGUUGUCACUGGCACACGAUAGCCCUAGAUUUGUUUGUCACAAGGUCUACAAAUCACUUUAUUUUGAAUGCUACGUUAUUUAAUUAUUUUUUUUUAAAAUAAAGUUCCUGUAAUCUAACCCUAACUGGGUUCUAGGGACAUUUUUAACACUAGGGUUAAGUUGCAGCACUUGGUGUUACAACCUGAGACUAAAGGGAAAUAUGCAGCGUGAAGGAUGCAGGAUGAGCGGAGGGCUACAGGAGCCGGCUAGAUCAGGCAUGAUCACUUUAGAUGAUCUGGACAACAUGACAGAUGAGCUUGGGACAGACUCUGCAUAUAACAGCAAUGGCAGCAUAGAGGAGGAAGCAGAGCCUAUGGAUGAUGGAGAGCAAGACAGACUGCUUAACUACUGGCAAACAGUAGCAAGAGGGCAUGAGGUUGAUGUGCCGAAUGAGAUGGCUGAGCCAAUCCAACAGUUAACAAGAAAUAGUCGAAAUGAAGAAAGACAGAGGGUGCCUUACUUGCUGCUGAGUCGCAAAGAAAAGUGUGGUGAAGUGCUCUAUGAAAAACGUCAGUAUGGAAAAGCUAAAUGGGCUUGUAUCAAAAUGCAAGAAGAACGAUAUGAGCAAAGCAUAUGCCUUGGGUUUAUGAAGCUUAUGAAAUACAUCUGCGAGCAAAACUCUUCAGGACUAUAUCUUGGCAUGACCAUUCCAAUUCUGACUAUUGUACAUACGGAUGAAACUCAGUCAGAAAUGGCACGAACUGUCACUUUGGCCUACUACUUACCUCCCGAUUUUCAGGAGCACACACCUCAACCCACUGAUCAAGACAUAAUUAUUGAAGAAUGGCAACCCACAGUUGUUUUCACCAGGUCUUUUGCCGGCGCUACCAAUGAAGAAUCAAUAAUGAGAGAAAUUCAUUUGUUGGCAGAGCUCCUGGAAUCUCCGGAGCUUUGUGUGCAAGAUACAUUCAUAGUGGCCGGGUACACUAACCCUGCCGCAGCCAAUCGACAGAAUGAAAUCUGGUUCCUACAAAGACCCUGACAGAAGCUGAAUGAAAACAUGCUCAAAGAUCAGAAGAUAUUGAAAAGAUUCAUCCAUAUACUAAAGAACAAUUAAUUUCCUUUACGGAUUAAUCGUGACUGAAUUAUAGAACAGGCCUCUAGUUCACUGGUUCCUCUACAGCUGGAAAAAAACACUUCUGUAGAGGCAGAAAAAGGAUUAAUUUAGUUAUGAAGCUAGAGUUUGUACAUUGUUAAAUGUAUUAUAUAAAAAAGGAUGACAAGAUUUGCCUAAAGGAAAUACAGUUUCUAAUGUUGAUGCAAGAAGUACAAUUUUGAAACAGUCUGCAACUCUGGAGGGCAAAUACUGUGCGAGAAAUUAAUUGCAUGUCUGGGUGUGUCUGCUGUUUAAUAACUUGCAACAAAAAGAAACUUGAAAGAGUAAAUCACACAAAAACGUGCAAGAAUAUUUCACAACACAAAACUAAUUAUGAUUGUCACAAUGGGUAUAGUAGCUUCUUUGUCUCUUCUACUAUACUUGAAGGGACAUGAUACCUAAAUGCUGAAGCACUAGAAAUUGAUGCAACAUAGCUGUAAAAAGCUGACUAGAAAAUAUCACCUGAACAUCUUUAUGUAAAAAAGGAAGAUAUUUUACUCAACAUUUCUUCAGCUCACCAGAAUAAGUGCUCUGUGAACAGUUAUGCACUUACUCUGGUGAGUUCAGGAAAUUGUGAGGUAAAAUAUCUUCCUUUUAUACAUAUCCAAAAAGUCCACAGCACCAGAUAAAUGUAGAAAUACUUUUUAAGUCUAUUUUCACAUCAAAAUGGUGACGUUUUGGCCCCUCUGGGUUCUUAUCCCUGCUUAGGAUUGUCAUGCCAUGAUAAAGGGGAAAGAGUUUAUGCAUCUUAGAACAGGCCACAAAUACAAUAUAAAGGGGUAUUACACUUGUGAAACUUCAUUUAUAGUUUACCUCAUUAAAUGCCCGUGCUCUUUGAUUUAUAUUGAGGAGUCCACGAGAAAAGGUAGGGAAAGGAUGAACCAACAUAAGUCUAAUAUCAUGUGUGGCAAUACAGAAGCCCCAGUGUCUAAUCACUUUAUAGAAGGAGGUCACAAUAUAAGCCAAAUGAGGUGGCAAAUUAAUGACCACAUAGGGAUAUUGAGAGGUGGAGGAGACAGGGAAAAGAUCCUGAAACAGAGAGAAACUUACUGGAUCCAUCAGUAGGACAGUAUGUACCCGAGAGGGUUAAAUAGGGAAAUAGAUUUUUCAGUAUUUAUCUAGAAUCUGUUUGUAACUUUCCCUGUCUCCACACUAGUCCACUGUAACAUUAUUCUUGAUUUGAAGUUCUUUUAUUUUGAUAUAUUUAGUUUAUUGCUAUAUAUUGUUCUAUGUUAUGUUACUUUUUUAUUAGUUUUGUUUUUAUAGGUGUUAAAGAGUUAAAAUGUUUGAAGCAAUAAAGUAAAUGUACCACUAGGUGGAGUGACUGAGCUACAUGAAAUGUUUUUGGCAAAUCUGUUUGUAAUUAAUUGUAAAUUUAUCAGCCUACAUAGUGUGAACAUGGGCUAAGUAAUUUUAUAUGCAUGAUUAAGGCCAGAGGGGCCGAAAUGUCACAAUUUUGAUGUGAAAAUAAAGGUAUAAAUACUUUAAGUCUAUCUGGUGCUGUGGACUUUUUGGAUAUUAUACUGGUUCGGGGGGGUAGCAGUAACCCCUUACCACGUGCACCAGUAAAGCUAUCAUUACUAAAGGGUGCUGGGCUCAACUAUUGAUCUUGUUUUCUUUUUUACAUAGAGAUGUUCAGGUGAUAUUUUCAUGUCAGCUUUUUACAGUUAUGCUGCAUCAGUUUCAAGUGAUUUAGCAUAUUAUUAUGUCCCCUUUAAAGGGACAGUAAACACUUUAUAAUUUAAAUGUUUGAUUAUGUGUAGUAAAAAAAAAACUUGGCAAAGUAGUUUUAUAAUUUAUUGUUUCCUAUUCCCAUAUUUAAGAAAGUAAAUAAGGAGUUUUCCAAUUCUGAGAACUAAUAGAGCACAUAUUAGAAUUGAAAUGCCCAUCCCUGGUUCAUUUCUUUUCCUAAUUGGCUUCAGCAGACCAAACCAUGGGGAGUCUGCAACCAUAAUGGCUGUGGCUAUCCUUGUCCAUUCAAUUAACUAGUUCAGAUUGGCUCAUGCAAAUAAUGCUAGUCAUUGUUGGAGUUUGGCUGUUGAAAAACAAUUGCAGCAAACAGGGCGAUAAUGCAUUCCAGACAUUUACAUACUCACAAAGUAUGUUAGUUUAUUGCAAGACUGCAGACAAAGACUAAUUACAACAUAUGUAUUUGUCCCUUUAAGGGUUCUUACACUCUUAAGUAACAACUGUACAUUUGAAGAUCUUAAAUAUAUUAUUUUAUAUGCAACUGAAAUGAGUUAGAAAGGGCAUGCAAUUUUAAAACAACUUUCCAAAUUACUUCUAUUACCUAAUUUGCUUCAUUCUUUUAAUAUCCUUUCCUGAAAACCAAAUCUAAAUAUGCUCAGUAGCUGCUGAAUUGGUGGCUGCACAUAGAUGCCUCGUUAUUGGCUCACCCAUGUGCACUGCUAUUUCUUCAACAAAGGAUAUCUAAAGAAUGAAGCAAAUUAGAUAGCAGAAGUAAAUUUGAAUGUUAAUUGUAUUCUCUAUCUGAAUGAUGAAGGAAAAACUUUGGGGUUUCAUGUCCCUUUAAAGAGACACUAAUGUCAAAAUAAAAUGUAUUUAAUUACAUGAUUCAGAAAAAGUAUGCUAUUAAAAAGCUUGGAACUUUCUUUAAAAUCUAGGUAAGCUCAUAGGAUCUAAGGAGCAUGCACAAGUCUUCAGCAUCCUAUGGCAGCUGUGUUUGGAAACAUGUUAUACAUUGUUACAAACACUGCUGCCAUAGAGUGCCACAGACACACUUGCUCCUGAGCUCCUAUGAACCUAACAUUCUUCAACAAAGGAUUACAAGAAAACAAUGUAAAAUUUGACAAAAUAAAAAGUAUAUUGUAAAGUUUAAAGGGAUACUAAACCCAAAUUUUUUCUUUCAUGAUUCAGAUAGAGCAUGCAAUUUUAAGCAACUUUUUAAUUUACUCGUAUUAUCAAUUUUUCUUCGUUCUCUUGCUAUCUUUAUUUGAAAAAGAAGGCUUCUAAGCUAAGGAGCCAGACAAUUUUUUGGUUCAGAUCCUGGAUAGCAUUUAGCCACCAAUCAGCAAGCACAAACCAGGUUGGGAACCAAAAAUGGGCCGGCUUCUAAACGUGCAUUCUUGCUUUUCAAAUAAAGAUAGCAAGAGAAUGAAGAAAAAUUGAUAAUAGGAGUAAAUUAGAAAGUUGCUUAAAAUUACGGCUUUAUCUGAAUCAUGAAAGAAAUACAUAGGGUUCAGUGUCCCUUUAUUAUUGCACACUCCAUCUGAAUAAUCUUAGCGUCAUUUUCUGAGCAAUGCUAGUUUACAUAGUAAUGAAUAUUCAAUUACAUUCUACUCUGAAACCAAAGUAUUCUCUGUAACAGUAUGAUAUUAGGAUGUUAUCAGUAAAGCAGUUAAUACUAAUUAAAGCAAGAAAAAAAAUAAAACUUUAAAAUAAUAAACUAAUUUUUUUAAUCAAACUAAUGCAAAAUACAGCGCUGCGGAAUCUGUUGGCGCUCUACAAAUACCUGAUAAUAAUAAUAAUAAUAAAAUGAAAAGCAUCUUCAGAAAUUGUCCUUCAGUAAUGAGAGGCAGCUAAUUAGUAUUUAUCAAACCAGCUAAGGUCAUACUUAAAAUGUAAUCCUCUUAGUUUAGCUCUUGCUUUCACAGUUGUCUGCGAACAGCUGUUAAAGAAGAUGGAGUCAAGCGCAGACAAAGCAAAAGACAAUAAAAGAAAUGAAAGUUUGUUUCAGAUAGAGACAACACAUUGCUUUCUGAUUCUCAAUUUAAGGGAACAAAAAAAUAAAUAUACGUGAUUAAUAGAAA